AUGUGGAUACCUCCGAAACUUCCAUAUUACUUCGCACCGGAUGGGCUUCCAGCUCCACUUCCUACCACACAGGAGAUUCGAGCGUCCAGCAAUAUAUUGCACCAGCGCUCCACCCAGACUGUCAAGGCUAUAGGUAUGCACUUCGUUGUCAAAUAUGGCCCAGGGACCAAGAUCCGAGAAGGAAACAAUCUGAUCUUUCUACAUCAACAUUUGUCGUCCCUUCCUAUUCCACGGCUGUGGGCGAUGUACGAGGAAGAUGAGGAAGUGUUCAUCAUCAUGGAGCACUUUGAGGGGGAUAACUUACAAGAUAUCUGGCCAUCGUUGCAAGCCUCAGAUAAAAGCGCCAUAACGAAACAACUUCGGAGCAUCAUGGAUCAACUGCGGGCAUUGAAGCCACCAGAACCGUCGUUCUAUGGUAGCUUAGAACGUGGUCCAAUCCCCUACUUCUUGUUCAAUUCGCUGGAGCCCAAUCCUACAAUAAACGGACCAUUCGUCAACGAGCAUGACUUCGUCCAAGGUCUCGUACAAAAGUUGAGGUCUAUCGAUGAACUUAAUCACCGAGACCAUUACAAAACAGAUUUCUAUGAGCAGAAUCUCCCGUCGUGCUUCCGCCUUGGACGGCCAACGCUGACGCAUGGCGACAUUCAGAGAAAGAACAUAAUGGUUCAGCGAACAUGUCUUCAGGGUGAUGGGUGUGAACCCGCUUUCAGGCUUAUGAUCAUAGACUGGGAAGACUCCGGUUGGUAUCCUGCCUACUGGGAAUUCUUCGUUACGUUCACAUCCCUCCGCUGGGACGAUGAUUGGGCUUCAAUGAUUCAGGAAUUUCUUGUCCCUUGGCCAGCUGAGACAGCAGCGCUGAGCAUGAUAUACCACGACCUAUUCUUCUAG